GUCUUGCUUCCUUAUUUGUAAACAGAACUUACAUGCCGAUAAUAAAAUAAAUAACAUGUUAUUUAAAUAAUUACUUUUAUUAGAUAUAAAGUGAAAUAAAAUAAAAUGUUCGUAUUAGCUGAAUUAAAAGACACAAUACGUAUUGAACCAAGUCAAUUUCAUAUAGAUUUCCUGGAGGCUUUGCGAGAUGAAAUUAAUCGGAAACUUGCUAAUAAGGUUUUAUUAAAUGUUGGUCUAUGCAUAGCAUUAAAAGAUAUUGUAUCAAUUGAAAAGUCAUUGAUUCUACCCGGUGAUGGUGCGUCUCACACAGAAGUCGUAUUCCGAUACAUUGUGUUUCGACCACAAGUAGGCAGUGUAAUUACUGGUAAAAUACGCAGCUGCAGUCAUGAGGGUGUUCAUGUUACACUAGGCUUUUUUGACGAUAUAUUAAUACCUCCAGCAGCUUUACAACAUCCUUCACGUUUUGAAGAGACAGAACAAGCUUGGGUGUGGGAAUAUCCUUUAGAAAAUAAUGAAAAGCAUGAUUUGUUCAUGGAUAUAGGAGAAUCGAUCAAAUUUAGGGUAGCAAGUGAAUGUUUUGAGGAAAGCUCUCCUAUAGGACCACCAAAAACUGACCAACAAGUAACUAGUUCCACAUUAGCUCAAAAAGAGAUAAAAACUCCAUAUAGAAUUGUGGCUGCAAUAAAUGAAUCAGGCCUAGGUGUGCUGUCUUGGUGGGAUCAACAGAACCAGGAUAUGGAUGAAGGCGAUGAAAAUAAUGAAGAAGACAAUGUUGAAUAUGAAAAUGAUGAAAAUGGUGAAGAAGACUGUUCAUAAAACUAUUUAACGACACAUAAAGAAUAGACCAUAUUGUUUCAAAACAUAAGGUAUUCUAACUUUGACCUACGGCAUUCAAAAAAACUGAAGUGGUGAAAUUGAUGCUCUAGUAGCAACUGCGGGCAAAUACUUUUAUAAACUUAACCCUUAUUGUAUUAAUAAAAUAAAAUAAUUGUACAUAAAAAUUUUUUACAAAAUCGAUGUUAUAAUAAUUUUUCUAAAUUUCUGUCAAGUUCUAAAAUCCAUCGAUUGCAUCAUGUGGAGAAUUUAUGUAUCAAAUUGCCGCAA